CUUGCCAAAACCGACGUAGCACACACAAAUAGCUGCUUUUUAGACCGAUCUGUUUGUGAUUUUAUUUUUUAAAGAUUCAUGUCAAGACCGUCGGUUGAAACGUUGGACUUUUUCGGCCCGAUCUUGUCCAUUCGUAAUGAGCUGCAAAGCAAUCAAGCGAAUCCUCCAACGCGUGAAGUCAGUCGCACGGUUACAUUGCAACUGAACCAGUUGCGCGACACACUAAUCACGACACCCAAUGUUGAGACAAUUUGCGAUAAACGCCUGAUUAAUUUUAUCCUCACAACGCUUAUGCCCGUCCUUCAGUGGAUUAAACAAGCCGACUCGUCGUACAACAACGUGGUAGAGGCAUGGCUACGAUGCAUAUUAGUGUUCUUAUACAAAACGUAUUGGACCGCGUCGUCACCGCCACAGCUUUUGGAGCAGCUGAUGAUCCUGUUUACAAACUAUCUUAUGGACGCCAGCAAGUCAGGAGAAGAAAUUCGACAUCUCGCCGUUCAGUGCAUCGCUACCUGCUUAUCUGUGAUCAAGGACAAAAUAGAACUGUAUCAAGCUCUCCGUGACAUCAAGUUUCGGCCGCAGAUGGCAGGCUGCAUUACUGCACUGUUAGAUGUCAUUCGUUGUGGAGACGCGCUGCAGCUACGGAUCGACGCGAUGCAUGCACUAUCGACGCUGACUCUAGAUGCGCUUGGUGAAAUCGAUAUAGUUGCUGUCUUUUUGCCAGGCAUCACUUCUGCACUGGGUCGUACAAUUUACCAGAAACAAGAAAAAGAGAACCAGCAGAUCUUGUCGACAGCAUUUGAUGUCCUUGGCAACGUCAUUGUAUUUGUUAUGCAAGACGAGCACGCACCUGAUUCUGUUGUACCAAAUAUCCAAUCUCUGCAUGACCUGACCAAACAUAUUAAAGGAAAGCAGCACGUCGACAAAACGCAAGAUUUCGUCGAAAACUUUUAUGCAACGUCGAAAAGCAAAAUCAAGGGCCAGCUCGAUUUCAUCCUUGAUAUCCGCAGCUACAACACUGACUGGCGGGUUAGACGCGCCAUGGUCCGAUUUGCGGGUCAGUUGCUUACAAAAUGCUCGCGAACACUCGACAAUUGCACGUCAUUAUUACUCAAGACGAUUGUGCUACAUUUUGACGACGAAUAUCUCCAGGUCAAAUCAGAAGCUCAGCUGCAAAUUCGCGACAUUAUGCAAGUCCCCUCGUUCGGACAGACGAUCAUACCCAUUUUGAAAGAAAACCUUGCAGUCAGCGUCACAUAUAUACCGAGCACACUCAUCAGUGGUGACGAAGGCGACAAAGUGACAGCAAUGGCACUUAUCACGGGUUAUGUUUUGAUACUCGGUAACCGUCAUGCGCAAGGCGUACUGGAUAGCACCAUCACUAAAACAUUAGACGCAUGGCUGGCUGCAUUUAAAAUUGAUCAAGAUGGCAUCAACGUCCUCGAGGAGAAGGGGCAGAACAGCACAAAGCUUAUUGAAUUUCAAGGGGACGGAAAAGGAAAUAUAAACGACAACGGCGGCGACGAUGACACUUGGCCGGAUCGACCAUCACUUGUAUAUCCCAAAAUCCGCUUCAAAUAUCUAGCAGCGGACCGUACAGCAACACAAGCUGGAAGAAUGCUGAACGUGAUCGGUCGUCACGGUAGUUUGUCUUAUUGGCUGGAUCUCUUAAUGGACAGUUUCCGAGAACAAGAACUGGACGUACAGCCGCAGGCGGCAUAUAUGAUACAUUCCCUUCUUUCGGGAGCAUCAGCAACAGAAAGCGACACCGAUAGCGCACAAUGGCUUGCGCGAGCGGGCAGUGCAGAAGACCGAGAAGAAGCAUCCAAUAUCAAGGCAACCGCAUUACGAAUACUGCAUGAGAUUAUCAACCUUGUGAUCGAUCCAACCACAAACAGCCGUACCAAUGUGGUCCGCGGAGAAAGGCAAUAUCACAAGCUCAAGAAAGAACUUGAGACUGCUGAGGUUUUGGCAACUUGCUUUGGACUCCAGAUUGUGGGCCUCGUGGCAUGUAUUGUGGAAGCUGAAUAUGUUCAAGACGAACUGAUUACCCUACUGUAUCCGCUUUUGGCACAUCUUGGAUCGCCCAAUGUUUUCAUACACACGUACGCUUUGAUUACACUGGAUGCCAUUGCGCUUGUCUGCGGUCAGCGUGGGGCACAGCAGCUUGCGGUCGAGAAUAUCGAUCACAUUAUCAACAUGGUCUCACAACGGAUAUCUGUAUUGGAGGAUAAUUUACGCGCGCCACUAGUGUUGAAAGCCCUAAUCCGCAUCGGAGGUCCUGGAACGAUCAAUUACCUGGAAGAUACAGUGGAAGAAGUUUUUGACGCUUUGGAGGGAUAUCAUAUGGACGAUUGGUCAUGUGCGCAGUUGUGCAGCGUCUUGACUGAGAUUGUCCGUGUGGUGUAUCGAAAAAAUGUGGCCUUACUUGAAUCUGACAAGGACGCGUCAGUCGACAACCGAGAGCAGCAGCGGCAACCAAAGGUUCCCCAGUUAUCGAGCGAAAUCCGUGACUUGAUUGAAUCAAACACGUCGACGGACGAUGUCUCUACCGAAACAGCCACUAUGGGUGAGAUUGGGCAGUACUUUCUGGACCGUCAAAAGAAAAACGAAAAAACACCAUCGAUGGAUCCCAACGAUUUGCUUCCUGACGAUGAAAAUGGAGGACCCACUAGACCUCCUGAUGAUACACCCGAACCUCUUUCGCGAGCACAGCAAAUGACCUUAUCUAUCAUGACACAAGGACGCCACUUUUUGACCGCAUCAUCACCGCAACUCCGAGUCGAGAUGCUUGGUCUCUUUGCUGCAGGAACCAAGGUACUAGCGCAUCGCCUUGAUAAGGUCGGUGUUCUUGUGAAUCAAACUUGGACACAUAUCAUUCAACGGUUAUCCGACGACGACAACAUGGUAGUGCUUCAAGCGGUGACAGUCAUUGGAUCUAUUGCAGAGUCGCUCAACGACUUCAUAUCCAACCGUGUCAAAGAUUUCUGGCCAAAGUUUAAGGAACUGUUGAAACAGGGCCGCAGUGAAAGCUAUCAUUACUCAAUAUUUUCCUACGUACAUCGCCUGCACAAUGCUAUCCUUUUGGCUCUUAAAUCGGUGGCAGAACAUGCUCUUGUGGAAGCGACUAUGAUACCAGAAAUGAUGGACGAGAUCAAGUGGUACCUGGAUGAGCGGUUACACGUUGAGCUCCAGCAAAGCGCAAUUAAGGUGUUUGGUGCGAUGAGCAAGCGGUAUCCUGACACAGUUUGGGUUUACAUGAUGUCUAUGCUUAGCAGCGACGAAUCUACGUUAGUGGACGAAACGGGCUUCUUUAAACCAUUCGCAAUACCCGAGUGGAUGAGUGUGAAGGAGACGUAUUACCGUAGAAAUGCACGGCAGAUACUAGCGAUAGUGCCAGCUUAUUAGAUAAUCUUUGUACAUACUUUACAUAAUACACUAGUCUACAUACCAACAAAAUAGUUAAUAACCACUUCACAUCAUGGCAAAGGCCGUUGUAUAGAACAAAAUGAUAUGUGUAACGUUAUGCAUUG